CUCGUCCGUCCCACGGAACGAGUCAGUUUCAAACACAUUUCCUGUCAAUUUCUACCUGGCGUGGAUCUCACAGGAGAAACACGCGCGCAAAUAAGAGGUAGAUUUUUCCAAUUGGAUAAACUCCGCUGGCCUGAACUGGUGAGAGACAGGGAGGGAGAAGUGAAUUACGAAGGGGAUCAUGGCCACAUUGGGCAGCGAUUGUUCGAAGGGGAUUUCGAAUGGAAACAUCUACUUGGAGUCUGAGAAGACCGCGAAUGGCAACAAAGUAUCGGACGAUGGCAACAAUGUAUCGAGCGGCGGUGACAAUGUAUCGUUCAGGGAGCCCGAGGCCGCCAGCAAGAUGAGGAAAAUCAAGGGUUGCAUCAGCUCCAACCUACUGGUGAUCCUGACCGUGAUCGGGGUGAUCACCGGCGUGGCGAUCGGCCUGUCGGUGAGAAACCUGCACCUCAACAGGGUCCAGGUUAUCUACUUCUCCUUCCCGGGAGAGCUGCUGCUGCGGCUGCUGAAGAUGAUCAUCAUCCCGCUGGUGGUGUGCAGCUUAGUGUCCGGGGCCGCCAGUCUCGACCCCCGAGCCCUGGGCAAGCUCGGCGGCUGGGCGAUGCUGUUCUUCUUACUGACCACCCUCACCGCUUCGGCCAUCGGGGUGACCAUGGCCUUUAUCGUCAAGCCCGGGGACGGCGCCGAAGCCAACCCUGAGCUACCGGGCUUGGAAAGUACACUACCAGAUCCGAAAGAGGUCACCGACUCCUUUCUGGAUCUUAUAAGGAACAUCUUCCCCUCGAACCUUGUCUCGGCAGCUUUUAAAUCGUAUGCUACAACCUACCGGGUCGUCAAAUUCUCCAAGAACAUCACUGACGAAUUUGGAAAUAUUACAGGCACUGAGGAAAAAGAUUUAAAAAUUCCCAUAGGAAGCAGCGCGGAUGCUAUGAACAUCCUGGGGCUGGUUGUCUUCGCCAUUGUCUUUGGGAUCGCUCUGCGGAAACUCGGACCAGAGGGCGAGAACCUUAUCCGGUUCUUCAACUCCUUCAAUGAGGCCACUAUGGUCCUAGUCUCAUGGAUCAUGUGGUAUGCUCCUUUCGGUAUCAUGUUCCUGGUUGCUGGCAAGAUUGUGGAGAUGGAAGAUGUCCUCAUGCUUUUUACCAGCCUUGGGAAGUACAUCUGCUGCUGUAUAGUGGGCCACCUCAUUCACGGCUUAAUCGUCCUGCCCCUCAUCUACUUUGUGUUCACUCGUAAAAAUCCUUACAGCUUCCUGUGGGGCAUCUUCACAGCCCUGGCUACAGCCUUUGGAACUUCCUCCAGUUCUGCCACCCUACCCCUCAUGAUGAAAUGUGUGGAGGAGAAUAACGGUGUCAGUAAGCAAAUCAGCCGCUUUAUUCUGCCCAUCGGCGCAACUGUGAACAUGGACGGUGCUGCUCUCUUCCAAUGUGUCGCUGCUGUGUUCAUUGCUCAGCUCAACAAUGUCUCGCUCAACUUUGUCCAGGUCAUCGCCAUAUUAGUGACAGCCACUGCAUCAAGUGUUGGCGCUGCUGGCAUCCCUGCAGGAGGUAUUCUGACCCUCGCCAUCAUCCUGGAGGCUGUGGGGCUGCCCACGAAAGAGAUAUCGCUGGUGCUCGCUGUUGAUUGGCUGGUAGAUCGCACUUGCACCGUCCUCAAUGUGGAAGGUGACGCUUUCGGUGCCGGCCUCCUCCAGUCUUACACUGACAAGCAGAAAUCCAGCAAGCGAGUGGAGGAGCUCACUGAGGUAAAAACAGAAGCAGCGAUCCAGGAGAGAACUGUUGAGGAAGGAUCGCCACUCAUGAAGAAAGACGCGAAGGAGCCCUUGAAAAUGGAGAGUGGCUCGCUGGAGAAGGAAUCAGUGAUGUGAGGCCUAACUCCGUGGAUCAGAGCAUCCAGCUGGACAAAUACCUUGGAACCUCCUACACACCUGUUCGGAAAAUCAGAAAAACUCUCCAACCUCUAACCCCUUUCCCACUCCUGCAAAACAUGAUGAAAUUUGAAGAGUGUGAUUGGGGUGACAUCAGAUUUCCUUUUGCUUUUGAGAAGUUCAUGACCACACGAGGCAUUAUUUUUCCCUUCACCACGCUCCCCCCCCCCCACCUCUACGCCACCUACCUGCCCUCGGGGCCUAGAAGGAUACGAGCCUGAGGACUGGCGGUUUAGGGGUUCCAAUGUUUCACCAAUCAGUUGCUAGUGAUUCCGAGAAAAGCCUCCUUGGACUGUUUUUAGACUAGUUUUCACCUUCGUCUCCAAAGCAAAAAAAAAAUCGAGAAACCAACAGUGUUUUAAGAGUGGCUUAUGGGCCCGCUGUGUAUUGACACCGCCUGUGGCAGCAGUGUCAUUUAUGUCUUGGUUUUACACCACUUCCAGCAGUUCCUCUCUUUGCCUGUGAAGCUGCAGCUGUGCUGUGGUUUAGCAUUAUUUGAGUUUUUUUUGUGCGUUACAAGUCUGUGGCCCCCUCAUAGUUAUUAGGGCAAGGAGGGCUUGGGUGCAGGGUAUACGCCCCAUCUUCCUCUGACACCUCGGGGGGAGGUGUGCGCAAGGGAAGAAAAUGAAAAACGCAUUUGCUUUUAUACAACGCCUUGGUAUCAGCAUCUUCUGUAGUGACUCCCUCUGGCAUGUGGGUGGGUUUCUGUACACGAACAUCUUUAGCCAUGGUACAGCUGAACACCACGAGCUGGGAGGAUGUAGGUUCAGUCACUUGGGAGCAACGUACAGGUCAACGCCCCAGUGCCAAGACUUUGGGGGAACGGGGUUGCCGCGCUUUACAAGGUAUCUUUAUUUUCCUUCCCCCUCACCCCCAUUGCAAGUGUUUAAACCCCACCCUCCACCCAAGUCAGGUGGGAAUGGAAGAUUCCAAGUCACGACUCCAAAGAAAAACGGGUGGGGAAGGACCGGGCUAAUAUUUAUUCUUCCACUGACGUCUUAAACAAAAGAGAUACAGAUGUUCUGUUCAUUUAUCAUACUGAUGUUUUUAGGAUGUUUGCGUAAAUUGGCUGCUGCAUUUACUGCAGGUAGCGACACUUGAAAAGCCCUUCAUUGGCUGUGCAACACUCUUUGGGACACUCCGAGGAUUUGAGAGGUGCUAUAUCAAUGCACGUUCUUUCUUUUCCUGGGUUUAGGGUCUUGCUUCUUUUGUUUUGCUCUGGGCUGGAGAGGACUGAAGGCUAAUCCUGGAACAUCAGGUCCAUUUGGAGUCGAGUCAGAGCAAGUACUCUCCAUGAGAAAUCAAUUACAAUUGUAGAGACACCGAGAGAUGUGGAUCACACUACAUUAACCACGGGAUGGAGGCUGGAGGGGGACAAUGUAAAACUUGAAGACAAGCUGUUGAAUGGAGUUUGGCCGUUUGUUGAUGGUAUUUUCUGAAAGUUUUCUUUUGUUUCAAAAAAGUAAAAAUUAAAUCUUAAUAUAUGGGACACUCAUGCUACUUGAACAGAUUGAACUGGCAAUUGGAGCUCUCUCUUAAUCUUGUGCAUGUGCACUUUCAGAGGAAAUGUCGUUAGCUAUUUUGUUUCGGGAGCUCCUUGGCCAACUCUCCAGAAUUGCCCUGGAAUUUCCUGAGUAUUGAUGUUAAUCUUUCGGGCACUGCUGGGGGGUAAAACUAAUCGGAAAACUCAUAGUGAGGGGCAUUUAAAACUAACAAUGGGUUCUUCUUGUUCAUUUACGGGAUGAGGCCAUCACACUAUUUAUUGCCCAGAGGGCAGUUUAACAGUUAACUCCAGUGACUGUAGAUCUGGAGUAACAUGUAGACCAGACCAGGAUGGCAGUUUCCUUCCCUAAAGGCCAUUAGUGAACUAGGCAGGUCUUUCCCUGACCAUGGAUUCAUAAUCAUCAUUAGACUCUUAAUUCUGGAUUUUCACUGAAUUCAAGUUCCAAUAUCUGCCCUGGUGGGAUUUGAACCCAGGUCCUCAGAACAUUACCGGGGUUAACGGUCUAGUGAUAAUACCACCAGCCCAUCACCUCCCUAUUUGCCUGAAGUUUAAGGAAUUGGAGAUGGUUUGCUGGGGGGAGGGGUGGGGGGUGAGGUUGUGAAGGAGAAAUAGAUCAUGUGACAAGAUCUGCAGGAAGUUAGCAACAUGGGAUUCAGGGCAUAAUUUUAGCCAAAGGCUUUGGCUGGAUUGGGUGUGUGAUAAAGGGGAGUGAUUCUAUGCGUGCACUGGACUUCAUUCUGACGAAUCCAGACCUGCGAGCUGUAGAUUGGGUUGGGGGGAGGUUCAAGGGUCCAGGGAUGGGGAAACGACCCAGAUCAAUUCACCAAAAACCUGAAAGGCAAGGGGCACCUCUUCGGGUUACUCAGUCUCUGGUCCUCAUACCCGUUCCAGCUGCUGAUCUGCUUCUCACUGGGACUUGAGCUUCCUUCGGUAUUAUCACCAACUGAUUCCCCUCAUCCCCCCGAUCCUGGGAAUUUCCCACCAGUAUUUACGAAACUGGGAAGGCAUCUUCAAAUGUUUUAAGCCGGUUCUAAGUUGAACCAGCACAGUACAAAGAUAAACAUAUACUUAAAGGAAUACACCUUACAUUGCUGAACAUGAGCAAAUCUGUAAGUUGUCUUUUGGAGGGGCAGCUUGGUAAUAUAUAUGUAUAUAUUAGAAAUUCGUCUAACUAGCUUGAAGCAAGAAUUAAGGUUAAAGCUAUUGAUUAGCGGUUUUAGCUAAAUUAUUGGACCAAUCGUUGUUAGACAGCUCAAAAAUCAUAAAGGCUAAAGGAAUGCUGAUCUUGAUAUCUCCAAUACAGGAAGGUAGAUGUUAAAUUUCAGCUGUACCAAACCCUAGUUAGACCACACCUGAAGUACCAUGCAUUGUUCUGAGCAUACAUUAGCCACAGUGGGAAUGCGGCAAGGAUUUAACAAACUGAUAGCAUCUGUGCAGAGAGGAAAACGGAUAACACAUUUCAGAUCUUCAACCUUUUUAAUCAGAACUGGGCAUGAAAUAGGAAUUCAAUUUCUCUCUUUGCCAGAUGGUGCCUGACUGGUUCAGCAUUUCCGGUUCUUGUUUUGGAUUUAUAGUAUCAACAGUAUUUUUGGGGGGUUUUUUGAUGGAAAAGUGUGAUGUUUUAAAUUGUGCAUGUGCAGAAUGACAUGUCUUCAUUUGUAAUCUUCAUCAGGAGGUUUCAACAUUGCAAUGCAGUCUAUCAGUGAUGUAGUUGCAAUGCAAUGUUGUAACCUCCUGAGAAAAUGUGCACAGGUUCUGGCAGAAGCAAGACUGGUGGGGACAGGUCUGUCGCUGUGUAACACUGGGGCACAGUACUGGUGGGGACAGGUCUGUCUCUGUAUAACACUGGGGUACAGUACUGGUGGGGACAGGUCUGUUGCUGUAUAACACUGGGGUACAGUACUGGUGGGGACAGGUCUAUUGCUGUGUAACACUGGGGUACAGUACUGAUGGGGACAAGUCUGUCACUGUAUAACACUGGGGUACAGUACUGGUGGGGAUAGGUCUGUCUCUGUAUAACACUGGGGUACAGUACUGAUGGAGAUAGGUCUGUCUCUGUAAAACACUGGGACAUAGUACUAGUGGGAACAGGUCUGUCGCUGUAUAACACUGAGGUACAGUAUUGGUGGGGACAGGUCUGUCACUGUAUAAAACCGGGAUAUGGGACUGGUGGGAACAGGUCUGUUACCUAUAACGCUGGGGUACGGUACUUGUGGGGACAGGUCUGUUACUGUAUAACACUGAGGUACAGUAUUGCUGCCUGUAGAUCUGUCAUUGUUUAACACGGGACAGUAUUGGUGAAUAGAAGUCUCACCAUAACACUGGGACAUAGAUCCAUUACUAUAACACGAGGGUACAAUGCUACUAAUCAUAAUGACAUUAAAAAUGAAUAAUAGGUCCUUCACGCUAGAUUGCAGUGCUUUCAAUUGCAGCCACAUAGUUCCUCACCAUCACUGACGGUGGUGCGAGGGAAAUGCUAAAUUUGCAAGUUGCUGUUGAACCCUCAAGCUUCAGUAUGUGGCAUAAGAGUCCCUCCCUUGUAUCCAUUACCUGCAGUCUACAAGAAGCCUCUGACAAAGUUAUUUUAAGGUGUACAAUAGCACAGUGGUUUGCUACAGACCUGGUGAGACUGAGUUCAAAUCCCACCUCGUCGACUAAGGGGUUUAAUUUUAUUUGGUAAAACUUGAAUUAACAGGUCGGUGUGGAGACCCUGAAAGGAUUGGCGUGGCAAAAAGACCAGCACUCAUGGUCUUGAGGAAAGGAAAUUUGAUCAGUCCUCGCCAGACCUGACCAAUAUGUGAAUCCAGGCCCUUUGUAGUCAGGUGGACUCCUUUCCAGUUGCUCUCUGAAAUGACCCAGAAAGCCACCAAGUUAUAUUCAACAAGAUGCCCAUCAAUGGCUUCUCAAGGGCAAUGGAGGGAUGUGCAAUAAAUAGGUGCCAGUGACCCUCCAUAUAGUAAAGUGGGAUCGCUGUGUAGUGAUGGGUUUGCAGAGGUCCUACUGUAUAUCCGGACAUCACUUUACAAUGAAAGUUCAAUUUUUUCCGAUUCAAUGCUUGGCAUUGAACGCACAAUUUUCUUUAAAGACUUGGUGUUUCUCUAAUUUAUUUUUCAUGUUAUAGGUAUCACUGAUAAGCCCAAUAACUGUUGCCCAUCUCAAAGUGUCUUUGAACUGGGUGUCUUGUUGGCCACUUCAGGGGGACGGUUAAGAGCAGACAGCAACAUUCACUAGAUCUGGAGUCACUUGGAGGACAGACCAGGUUCAGGACAGCGGGUCAUCUUCCUCAACGGGACAGAUGCGUUUUGAUGACAGAAACAGAAAUUGGUGGAGAAACUCAGCUGGUCUGGCAGCAUCUGUGGAGAGAGAAACUGAGUUGACUUUCUGAAUCCAGUGACCCAUCUUCAGAAUGACUCGGAAGAUGAGUGCAGACCAGACUUAAAAUGUUAAACUCUUUUUCCCUCUCCACAAUUUUUCCAGCAAUUUUGGUUUUUAUUUCCGAUGUCCGGCAUUCGCAGACUGUUGUUGGAAAAACCCAAAAAUAAAACAAUUGGUGAUAGUUUCAUAUCACCAUGACUACAGCUUUCAAUUCCAGAUUUACUAAUGGAAUUUUAAAUUCCAUGGUGAGAUUUGAAAACAUGUCUCAGAGCAGUAUCUUGGCGCUUUUGGCCUUCGAGCCCAGUAACCUGUUCCCUUCUUCUCCUUCCUCAGCUCCUCACACUUUGUUAGAAACAUUCACAAUUCCGGAGAUGCUCACUAGAAUCUGUCGGAAGGGAGCUAAAAUUGACACUUUAGUGACAUUCUGACAGAGAUUGGAGCCUUUCACUGGAUUUCAGUCAGUGCAGGGAAAGGGAACGUGGAGAGUUCAGAGAUGUUUGAAUGGUGAGAAAUGGUAGAUCGAGCUGUAAUAAGGAUGUGUUAUGGACCAGGCCAGACCCCUCAAAAUAUUUUAAGAAAGUAGCCCGGACUUUAACUUUCCUGUUGUUUUAUGCAGGUGUAAAGUGGGUAUUUCAGGAGAGAAAUUGCUGGUCAAACCACUUAGUUUUAAAGAAAACAAUUUAUUUACAAGGUUACUGCAUGAAACACAAAUUUAACCUCACCGAAAACCCAACAAAGGUGACCCUUCCUCAGAGUUCCUUAGAAGAGUCACUGGAUCCGAAACGUUAACUCUGAUUUCUCUCCACAGAUGCUGGCAGAUCUGCUGAGCUUUUCCAACAAUUUCUGUUUCUGAUUUCCAGUAUCUGCAUUUAUUUCAGUUUUUUAAUACGUUGUUAACUGGGUGUAGGUGAGGGCAGGCCUGUUAAUGAAGCCUGGUAGGAACUAUCUGGACUUUAAAUAUUGACAAGGUAGCUCACAAGCUGAAACAUAUUUCUGUUUCAAAAAUUCUUCCAUGGGACGUGGACAUUACUGACAAAGGCAACAUUCAAUGCCCAUCUCUAAUUUGCCCUUGACAAGGUGGCAAGUAAUUGUUGCCAUUGGUGUGCCAUAGGUUCACGAUGCAUCUCCCCCUUUGAUUUUCAUUCUCGUCUACUUGUCCUAUCUCAACCUUUGGGGAACUUAGGUGUUUUACCCUCACACCCCUCCCAGUAUUGUACCACCUGGUGGGUGGCAUGGUGGCACAGUGGUUAGCACUGCUGCCUCAUAGUGCCAGAGACCCGGGUUCAAUUCCCGCCUCAGGUGACUGACUGUGUGGAGUUUGCACGUUCUCCCCGUGUCUGCGUGGGUUUCCUCCGGGUGCUCCGGAUUCCUCCCACAGUCCAAAGAUGUGCGGGUCAGGUGAAUUGGCCAUGCUAAAUUGCCCGUAGUGUUAGGUAAGGGGUAAAUGUAGGGGUAUGGGUGGGUUGCGCUUUGGCGGGUCGGUGUGGACUUAUUGGGCCGUAAGUAAGUAAUCUAAACCACCCCUUCCCCAAUCUUUUUGGUGUUGGCAUUCAUGUGUUAACUCAAGCUACAAUGGGAGCUGCAAUUCUUAUGGUGUCCAAGGCUUGAGAACCUCAGAUCAUAUGGACCAAGGGUUUUGGAUUGGGUCUAAUACCGACAUUCAGCGUGCUUUUGUGUUUUGUGCUUUCUUAAAAAUGUAAAUGUAUUUCCUUUUCCUUGUACGCCUGUACAUUUUAAAUUUCCAUUCUGUGGUCACAAUGCUCCCUCGUGUCAGUGCUACCAAACUUGAAUGACAUUUCAGGAGAGCAUAUUGUGUGUAUGUGUGUAUCUCUCUCUCUCUUUUGUGAUAGAUCAAUACUGUUGUAGUGUGUGUGUGUGUGUAAGUGUGUGUGUGUGUGUGUGUGUGUGUAUGUGUGUGUGUGUGUAUGUGAUUUUUCAAUGUUACCAAAAUUGUACAAAGUAAUGUAUAAUUCGGGAGCCGUUUCUGACCCCACCUCCUGCCUCAGUCGCACAAAUACCCACGUGGACAAGGGGCCAGGGUGGGGUUGAGGAGUAACUUCAAGUUUGUUUGGGCUAUUAGGCCACUUCAUUAAAAAUAACGUUGACAAUAAAAUCAUCUCCACGUGUCAAAUUAAA